UCACACUUCUACUCUCUCUUCGAACUGUUGGUGAACCCAAAGUGGAUGGACGGAUAAACAUAUAUAUCAAAUGUGGAGCGGGGGCUCUGGUUGAAGGCCUGCAUAUAUGAAAAAACACCACGUGGGAGAAAAAAAACAAAGGAAGACAAACAAGGAGAUUUAAAAACCUCAAAUACAACAAUCCGAACUGUGGACAGACUGCAAAGAUGAUGGUGAUAAUUCUGAUCACGUUAAUAAUUGUGAUGAUAAAGACGGCGUCGGCACCUUGCCCUGUGAUGGACAUUAAACCUGGAGUUGACCAAGCAACCCCGCACUUAUGUUACCUGGGCUUCGGGGUAACAGAGAUUCCCUCCAACAUCUCCAGCAACACCCAAAUCCUGAAAGUUAGGAAGACGCAGAUCACAGUGAUUUCCCAGGGCACCCUCAGCUCCCUGCAGUAUCUCAGGGAAAUCACCAUAUCUUGUAACGACAUGCUGGAGAAUAUCAGCGCAUUUGCCUUCGCCGGCCUCCCUCGGCUCACUGAAAUCCACAUCUCUGAGAAUGUUGCGUUGAAGAGUAUAGGGGCUUUUGCAUUCUCUGAUCUCCCUGAACUCAGUAAGAUAACCAUAAGAAAUGUAAAACACCUGAGCCACAUCCAUUCGGAUGCAUUCAGGAACAUCGUGAAUCUACAGUAUUUGACCAUCUCCAACACCGGGCUGAGAUUGUUUCCAAACUUCACAAAGAUCCACUCCGCAGCCUACGACUUCCUGUUUGAACUGGAAGAAAACAGCGACAUAAAGAGAGUCCCCAGCAAUGCCUUCAGAGGCCUCUGCACUCAAACUAUCGGCCUGAUACGGCUUACCAGAAAUGAUAUUGAGGAGGUGGCAAGUGACGCCUUCAACGGCACAAAGAUGAAAAGAUUGUCCCUAAAAGGAAACAUAAAGCUUACUGACAUCAACCCCAACGCCUUUGUGGGUUCCAGUGAGUUGGUGGUGCUGGACGUUUCCAACACAGCCCUCAGAUCCCUGCCGGACUACAUCCUCGAUGGACUCCAGAAGCUGAUUGCAGAGUCCGCCCCCGAUCUGAAAGUACUUCCUCCUGUGCAGCGCUUCACCAAACUCCGCCAAGCCACCCUGACGUACCCGUCACACUGCUGCUUCUUAGAAAAGAUAGACGGGAAGAUAGACGGGAACAGAUCGAGGUUGCACUCCUUGUGCUCCCACCCCAAUGCAAAUAAUAUUAAAUUACGAAGGGUCUACUGCUACAACUCCACCUCCAUCACUUGCAGCCCAACUAAAGAUGCCUUUAACCCCUGUGAGGACAUCAUGGCCACCGUCCCCCUACGGGUCCUCAUCUGGGUCAUCUCUAUCCUCGCGCUGCUGGGGAACGCAGCAGUACUUCUGGUCUUGUUAGGCAGCCGCUCCAAACUGACUGUUCCUCGUUUCCUCAUGUGCCACUUGGCCUUCUCUGACCUUUGCAUGGGCAUCUACCUGAUAGUCAUAGCAACUGUGGACAUGCUCACUCGUGGCUGGUACUACAACAGCGCCAUUUACUGGCAGACGGGCCUGGGCUGCAGGACUGCAGGCUUCUUCACGGUGUUUGCCAGUGAGCUGUCAGUGUUUACAUUAACAGCGAUCACACUGGAGCGCUGGCACACCAUCACACACGCUCUGCGGCUCGACCGUAAACUUCGCCUGAGACACGCAUGUGUUGUCAUGACAGGAGGCUGGAUCUUCUCCUCCCUCGCCGCUUUGCUGCCCACAGUCGGGGUCAGCAGCUACCACAAAGUGAGUAUCUGCCUGCCCAUGGAUGUGGACACUGUGGUGUCUCAGGUCUACGUGGUGUCUCUUCUCCUCUUCAACAUCCUGGCCUUCUUCUGUGUGUGCGGCUGUUACCUCAGCAUCUACCUGACUGUCCGCAACCCCUCGUCGGCGCCGGCCCACGCUGACACCCGCGUGGCCAAACGCAUGGCCGUCCUCAUCUUCACUGACUUUGUCUGCAUGGCUCCGAUCUCCUUCUUUGCUGUCUCAGCCGCCCUCAAGCUCCCUCUCAUCACCAUCUCAGAAGCCAAACUUCUGCUGGUCCUUUUCUACCCGAUCAACUCCUGCUCCAACCCCUUCCUUUACGCCUUCUUCACCCGCACCUUCAGGCGGGAUUUCUUUCUCCUCACAGCUCGCUUCGGCCUGUUUAAAACCCGGGCACAGAUUUACCGGACGGAGACUUCCUCCUGUCAGCAGCCGGCGUGGACCUCUCCAAAGAGCAGCCAUGUGAUGCUGUACUCCAUGGCCAAUACAUUAAAUCUAGAUGGGAAAUAAGAGAGCUAACUGACUUCAAAAAUCCACAGAUACAGACUUUUUGCUGGAUUGUCUCUCCUUGAGUAAUAUUGACAGAAUAUAUAAUGCACCCAUAAGUUACAAGAAAUUCAAUUCACUUGUGCAAGUUGAAGAGACACUGAAAAGACUGCUAGAUCCUCAAUAUGAUGCCCAGACUCAUCUUUCUUAUGCUUUGGAUGACAUCAUAUUUUGUUGGUAUUUAUGUAUGUCUGAUAUGUUGCUGGUAUCUUUUGGCUGCUCACCAGCCACUGAUUCUGACUUACAACAACACAGGGCACAAGUUUCCUUCCUAAACCAUGUAACCCAUGUGUAAACACUACUGUAUGUACAGAAAAGAUAGCUACAGAACAACUGCAGAUACUUUGACCAAAUCUAGGUUGAAUAGCUGUCCUAGAUAAUGUAUUGCAUUUGUUUUAACUUGUUUGAUACGUCAGAUGGGUGGAGUUUAAUUCUUCAUAACAAUAUAGAUCACAAAUAAAAGAGCAGAGGAAGUUGA